AUGCCGCCUCGACUUCAGCUGCGUCGCUGCGAGCAGCAGCUGCAGGCGCCUCGACCCAGCAGCAGCGCCAGUGCGGCGGCCCCCGCUGCCGCAGCAGCAGGACCAGCGGCAGGCGCACCACGGCCGCGCGUGCCGAUCCCCCAGCGCGCGCUGGGCGUCGAUUAUGGAACGGUCUGGACCGGCCUCGCCACCGGCGAACUCGGCCGCGGCGCGCCGCUGCGCGUGGCGCGCGGCGAGCGCAACAACGCGGCGGCCCUGUGCCGCGAGGUGAUCGCGGACGCGCUCGCGCACGGCGCAGGCGGCAUCGUCGUCGGCAUCCCCCUGCGGCCGGGGCAGCACGCGGGCGACCCCUCCAGCGACUCGCCUCACGCGUCCCGGUGCCGCAGCUUUGCCGAGACGCUCUCCAUCAUGGCGGGCGCCAGCGGCAUCGACGUGUUCCUUUACAACGAGGCGCGCACCUCAGCGGCGGCUAUGGUGCAGGUCAACAUCUCCGCGACAGACCGGCUCGGCAACGUGGGGCGGCAACGCAAGAACGAGAAACAGGUUGACGCGUGGUCUGCCGCGAUGCUGCUGACUCGGUUCUUCCAAAACCCCGGCUCGGCGGUGCGCGUGAAGCUGCGCUCCAUCGAGCGGCGCGCACCGGCCGCACAGCAGCAGCAGCAACGGCAUCAGCAGCGGCCCCAGCGGCAGCCCCAGCAGCAGCGGAGGCCCCGGCAGCAGCAUCAGCCCGAGGCCGGUGCGGGAAUGGAGGGUGCUGCGGCGGCCCCGAGCGGCGACGAGGACCCCGGCGGCAGCAGCAGCAGCAGCAGCGAUGCGGCUGUGGGGCCAAGCCUCCCGGCUGCCGAGGAGGGGGCCAAAGGGUGA